AAUAGGUGGCAAGUGGCAGCUGGAGAUUAGUGCGUAAUAAAAUACUUUAUAAUAGUCGUGCUACAGUAGUAGAAGACAAAACAUUUCGAUUAAUAAAUUUAAAAGAAAGAUGAUGAAAAACUGGAGCCUGGACUUAAUCAUCGGGAUCAGUGUAAUUUUUGUCUGUCUUAUAACUGAAGGAAGAACGGUAGCAGUACUACAAGAAAAUUUGGAAAUCCCUGGCAGAUGUGAGCCAAUAAAAAUUAAUUUAUGCUCAGGUUUGCCGUACAAUGAAACAGCAAUUCCAAAUUUAUUCAAUCAUCAAAAUCAAGAUGAUGCUAGUCUGGAAAUAAAUCAGUUCGCACCUUUGGUAAAAAUCAAUUGCAGUCCUUAUUUCCGUGCUUUCUUGUGUGCGAUGUACGUACCAGUUUGUACGGUUUUAAAAAAACCAUUGCCACCUUGUCGGUCAAUUUGCGAACGUGCUAAAGCUGGAUGUGAACCGAUAAUGAUACGCUUUGGGUUCCAAUGGCCAUCGAAUUUGGAGUGCUCAAAACUUCCAGUGUAUGGUGAUCCUAAUAAUUUGUGUGUUGAAUUUGUAGCAAAUUCAGAAUCCAGUACAAAUAAAUCACCAAGUCAUGAUUUGACCAAUGGGACACAGGAAGUGAGCUCAAUAUUAGAAUCAUCAACGUCAGCAACUACUUUUUAAUUAAAACACUAAUUAAUUUUUAUGAUCUUGAAGUUAAUGGACAAUUAACAAUCUUUGGAUUUUUUUUAUACAAAUCAAUUACAAAAAAAAAUACUGAAAAUAUGCAAUAGUAGAAAAUUUUAAAAAUUAAGGGUGCAAUUUUUUAAAAUAUUGUUUUUUAUGAUCUAUCUUUUAUAAAAAAAUCCAAAAAUUGAUAGAAGCCGAAUAACUUCAGUAUCAUAAUUAUUUAAUACUAUUAUUGUUUCUGUAAAAAAAAGAAAAAAUAAAUUUUGACCACCGAAAAAAAUCAAAAAUAUUAUUCCGGUACCGGGAAUCGAACCCGGGUCGCCUGGGUGAAAACCAGGAAUGAUAACCCCUACACUAUACCGGAGAUGACAACUUUAGAGUGUUAUGUCUUAUUUAUUGACUCAAAUUUUCAUAUUUUGGAGAUUUUAUUUUUUUUUUGAAUGAUAGUCUGCUUGUUAAUGCGCGUAAUUAUCACAGCAAAAUAAAAUUUAAAAAAUUAUGAUACUGAA